GACUUUGGGGAAAGUUGAUCCGAGAGGGGAGGACGCCCCCAGGCGCGCAGCGGCGUCGGGCGGGAGCCCCCGGCAGCCGGAGGAGCAUGGGCACCCUGCGGGAUUUACAGUACGCGCUCCAGGAGAAGAUCGAGGAGCUGAGGCAGCGGGAUGCUCUCAUCGACGAGCUGGAGCUGGAGUUGGAUCAGAAGGACGAACUGAUCCAGAAGCUUCAGAACGAGCUGGACAAGUACCGCUCGGUGAUCCGGCCGGCCACCCAGCAGGCGCAGAAGCAGAGCGCCGGCACCUUGCAGGGCGAGCCGCGCACCAAGCGCCAGGCGAUCUCCGCGGAGCCCACCGCCUUCGACAUCCAGGAUCUCAGCCAUGUGACCCUGCCCUUCUACCCCAAGAGCCCGCAGUCCAAGGAUCUCAUAAAGGAAGCCAUCCUUGACAACGACUUCAUGAAGAACUUGGAGCUGUCGCAGAUCCAGGAGAUUGUGGAUUGUAUGUACCCGGUGGAGUACGGCAAAGACAGCUGCAUCAUCAAAGAAGGCGAUGUGGGGUCACUGGUGUAUGUCAUGGAAGAUGGUAAGGUGGAAGUUACAAAAGAAGGCGUGAAGCUGUGCACCAUGGGCCCAGGGAAGGUGUUCGGGGAGUUGGCGAUUCUUUACAACUGCACCCGGACGGCGACCGUCAAGACUCUUGUAAAUGUGAAGCUCUGGGCUAUUGAUCGACAAUGUUUUCAGACAAUAAUGAUGAGGACCGGACUCAUCAAGCAUACCGAAUAUAUGGAAUUUUUAAAAAGUGUUCCAACAUUCCAGAGCCUUCCUGAAGAGAUCCUCAGUAAGCUUGCUGAUGUCCUUGAAGAGACCCACUAUGAAAAUGGGGAAUAUAUCAUCAGGCAAGGUGCAAGAGGGGACACCUUCUUUAUCAUCAGCAAAGGAAAGGUAAACGUCACUCGUGAAGACUCCCCAAGCGAAGACCCAGUCUUUCUUAGGACUUUAGGAAAAGGAGAUUGGUUUGGAGAGAAAGCCUUGCAGGGGGAGGAUGUGAGAACAGCCAACGUGAUUGCCGCAGAAGCUGUGACCUGCCUGGUGAUCGACAGAGACUCUUUCAAGCACUUGAUUGGAGGACUGGAUGAUGUUUCUAAUAAAGCAUAUGAGGAUGCAGAAGCCAAAGCAAAAUACGAAGCUGAAGCUGCUUUCUUCGCCAACCUGAAGCUGUCUGAUUUCAACAUCAUUGACACCCUUGGAGUUGGAGGUUUCGGACGAGUAGAGCUGGUCCAGUUGAAAAGUGAAGAAUCCAAAACCUUUGCAAUGAAGAUUCUCAAGAAACGCCACAUUGUGGAUACAAGACAGCAGGAGCACAUCCGCUCGGAGAAGCAGAUCAUGCAGGGGGCUCACUCCGACUUCAUAGUGAGACUAUACAGAACAUUUAAGGACAGCAAAUAUUUGUAUAUGUUGAUGGAAGCUUGCCUAGGUGGAGAGCUCUGGACCAUUCUCAGGGAUAGAGGGUCAUUUGAAGAUUCUACAACCAGAUUUUACACAGCAUGUGUGGUAGAAGCUUUUGCCUAUCUGCAUUCCAAAGGAAUCAUCUACAGGGACCUCAAGCCAGAAAAUCUCAUCCUGGAUCACCGAGGUUACGCCAAACUGGUUGAUUUUGGCUUUGCAAAGAAAAUAGGAUUUGGAAAGAAAACAUGGACUUUUUGUGGGACUCCGGAGUAUGUAGCCCCAGAGAUCAUCCUGAACAAAGGCCAUGACAUUUCAGCCGACUAUUGGUCACUGGGAAUUCUAAUGUAUGAACUCCUGACUGGCAGCCCACCUUUCUCAGGCCCAGAUCCUAUGAAAACCUAUAACAUCAUAUUGAGAGGGAUUGACAUGAUAGAAUUUCCAAAGAAGAUUGCCAAAAAUGCUGCUAAUUUAAUUAAAAAACUAUGCAGGGACAACCCAUCAGAAAGAUUAGGGAAUUUGAAAAAUGGAGUGAAAGACAUUCAAAAGCACAAAUGGUUUGAGGGCUUUAAUUGGGAAGGCUUAAGAAAAGGCACCUUGACACCUCCUAUAAUACCAAGUGUUGCAUCACCCACAGACACAAGCAAUUUUGACAGUUUCCCUGAGGACAAUGACGAACCACCACCUGAUGACAACUCAGGAUGGGACAUAGACUUCUAAUGUAUUUCUCUUACCUGCUUCUGCCUUGCUGAAGACAGCUUUUUCUGAGACACAGCUGCCAGCAAACCUGAGGGAAAGAGAGAAGAUUAGUGCUCGGGGUCACCAUGAUGCCUUUGAUCGAUGCUGCUCCAGUAACUCCAGUGGCAUUAGGACUUAUCGCUUAGAUGACAAUAGUGCUCUUUACAUGUUUUCUGUUUGAACCUAAAAAUAGCAGUUGACAUGGUGGUCCUGAAGCAAAGCCUUUCACCAGUAAAAAGAUGUUUCCUAUUGUUGCAAUGAUCUUGCUUCGCUGUGAUUAUAAUUUGAAAGACAGUAAGAAACACUUCAAUCUAGUAAAAGAGUAUGUACCUUGCUAGAAUUAUCAAGAAGAUCAAAAAGUAAUAUAUUGGGUACGAUAGAUUUCUAUGGUACAAAAACUGGGCUCUUCCCUUUCUUCAAGUGAGGGUUGUAGGAUCUAUUACCGCGGGCCGGUGUAUAUACCGUACAAAAGAGGACCACACAUCUGUUGGUCACAGAGUUCAUGUCAAACCAGUGCUAGAAGUUUCAUGAUUUCAUUUCCCAGCAGUGCUGAUGACAAGACUGAAUGUUACCUUUCCUUUCUGACAGAUUUAAAAAAAUUGAUAUGUUAAAAGCACAACUGCUAUGGAUUCUGCUGAGAACUCUCAUAGCAGGUAUAUAUGCGUUUUUCACAGAGGAUUGGAAAAAAGCAAUGUGCAUGAUAUGUUUCUUUUUGAUAAAUUGGCAUGACAGAGUGGGAAAAAAGCAAUUCACAACCAUUUCAUAUUUUUUUAAAUAUUGUGUUUAAAGAUGGUCCUGGAAUUAAGUGACUAGCAGCCAAUUGGUUUUUCUUUAUUACCUAACACACCCUCAAACUGAGGCUUAAAAUAUCCCCUUUUAUAAAAAUAAACCCUUGGGGUCAGGGUGGGGCGGGAUGGAGAGGGAUAGAGAUUCAUCCAAAAAAUAAAAAUAAAAUAAAAACUAUAUAGGUGCUAUGUAUAUCUUUCAUCUGUAAAUGUCAGUGUCUGAACAGACCACACAGAUUCUAAUCAUUACAUGUGUAGCCAGAGACUCAAGCAUUUUCACCAGAUUUACCAAACCAAACUCCUGUCAGAUUUCACUUACAGUCUAGGGUUGAUGGAGAAAGGUGAUUAGAAACUGUCUGAACUAGCUUGUCUUAGGCCUGAACCAAAAAUGAAGAAAGCACAAAAUCAUUGAGAUUCUCCAAUUCUCCACAUAAGAGACCUUACUUAUGUGAAUGAGAUAAGAGCUUGGCCAGGUAUUGGUUACCUUUUCAUGAAUUAGCUGUUAUGAGUCCAUGUGCUUGUGAAAGUAGGAAGGAAGCAGAGAGCACAGGAUCCUGAUUCCUUAAAAAUAAGAUCAGCUGAAUAGAACAAAAAUAUUACAAUCCUAGAAUUAUCAUACUACCUAGAAAAGAUUGGAUUUGAGAAUAUCAAACUGAUUUGCUUUUUUGACAUGGGAAAAAGAAUUAGCAAUUUAAACUGAGUCCUUUGUUGCCAGUCCAGGUCACUUAUUAGCUGUGGUAAGUAACAGAACCAUUGGGAAGCUUUUCCUGGGCAAAUAGCAUUAUAUCGACUCAGACAAAUGCAUAGUUGUCAUCCCGAUUUGGAACUGCGUGCAAAAUUGGUAUAUUACAUAGUGGUUUGCAUUUUUCCAGUAGAGAGUUCUUUUAAAAAUACAAAUAUAGACAUUUCUGCAAAAAAAAUAAUAAGUUCACCUAGGUCAUUUAGAUCAUUAUAUUGCAUCCAAGAAGGUACAUAUUAUUAUUUUGGUUUGAAUUGUUUGUACUGAGACUACUUUAGAAUGUAUCUUAUCAAAAUAUAAUAAUCUAAGAAACAUUUGGAGAAUAAAAGUAGUAAGGGCAUAUUAUAUAUAAUUAGCAUAAAAUUAAAUCACAACUUUGAUUCUAAGAUGUUAUUGUUAUUUUUGUGUUAAUGGAGUUUUUCCCUCCCUUAUAAACAAUUUCUCAAAAUCAAGAUAUCCACUUCCUUCUACAGAUUUUAGAACAUAAAAUUAAACACACCAGCCUAAAAUCCAACUACAAAUGCUAUUUCAGAAGUUUUAGAAUGCUUUAAUUGGGCUUUUAAAAAAUAUAUAAUUUUGACACUAUAGUUAAUGUUCAGUGAUUUUUGUUAAAAAGAAUGGGCUAGGCAUGCUAAAGAUGUGCUAGAAUAUUAAAUUUACCUAGUCAUUAGGUAAAAGAAUCUGCUUCUGCAGCUUUUCCAAUAUCUCAACAGCCCCAGAGAUGAGCACUUACUAUGGAUUUUGGAACUGUGGUUCAAGUCUAAGACAACCAAUAUGUGCAAGUUCUGUAGAGAAGCAAGUAGUGUGCAGUGUAAUGUAUCUGUCGGUAGUUUCUCCCACUUGUUAUUGCAUCUUUGGUCAUUUCAUCUGUGGAAUUGCAUUAGGAUGUCUAAAGCAAUCACCCAAAAAUUAAAGUGAACUACAUCAUCCAAGAAUUACUAAGGAGAACAUUCAUUAAUUUUCCACAUUGAAUUUUAAGGAUUUAAAUCUUGUCUCAAUGAAGACACUAGGGCUAAAAUUCAUGGACAGCUUCAUAGAGUGUGUCUCACUUUACUUCUCCAUUUCUCACAUCCCCUCUGUUUUCCUACACUAAAGAACAUCUGGAUAAGUUAGAAUAGUGACAACCUGUUUGAUUUGUUAACUGGCUUUCUUGUUACUACUUUGAGUAUGGGAAAUAAGGGCUUUCUGUGUAUCUUGACCCACAGGAAAACUGAAAACUGCCAAGGAAAGGAACAUCACAAUAAUGUAUAUGAGAUAGAUUGAAUACAUUAGAAAAAAUGAUUUCUAGAAAAUUCUUAUAAAUGACGUUUAUGUUUGUACCUUCUUUGUUAUUAAUAUAUGAAUCAGAUCCAUGUGGCAUUUAAAUCAUUUAUUUUGAUUAUGUUCUUUACAAAUCAUUUUUAUUUAAAAUCGUGGGGUAUGCAUGUGAACUACACAUGUAUAAUAUAUAAAUGUAACUAUUGAAUUUUCCUUGUUUUCUUUUUAAAUGACUACACUGAUGGUAAGCUUAAAAUGAAAGAAGUCAGCUACCAUAUUGGAAUUAAGGAUAUUAGAAACGAUUUCAUGCAGUAGAGGUGAUUUCUGCAUUAUCCAUAACAAUGUUUUCUUUCACAAUAGGACCACAGACAGAUAUUUAUGUAAAUAGAUAUUUUUGUGUGAUAUUUUGUGGUACAUAUAACAUUUUUUAGUGUUUCACAGCAUUAUUAUUUCAUUUUAUUUGUAUUGAAUAAUGUUUUUAGGUAUAAGUAGACUUGAAUUAAUGUCAUAAUUGUCAGUAUUAUUGAAAAUUAUGUCAACUGUACUGUUAACUCAUCUGUCCCAUAGUUUAGAACAUGACCUGGCUAUCUGGCAUUGUUGCAAGUGCCUUAAAUUCAUGGCAUCCUAUUAAAAAAAAAAAAACAAAUUUGGUGUUAUGCUGCAUGACAAAGACAAACACACCUCAAAAUGUUGUCCUUUCUUAGCUUGCUGCGUUUUACAGUUCUUUCUGCUAACAAUUUAUAAGCCUUUAUUAUAUAAUACUGAUGAAUUACAGAAAUGAUGAAGUCGUUCUCUUAUUUCUGUUAAAUGUACCAGAGCUGUGUAUCUGUUAAUGAGAUACAGCGUCAUUUCUGUGAAAUGUAUAAAUGUAUGUGCAGGUCAAAUUAAUAUAUGACAUACUAUCAGUCUGUAUACAGGUAUUCCUGUUUUGCUAAGCUGUGCAGAUUCAGUUUAAAAGAUUAGCACUAUCAAGUUCAAAUAUAUUUUAUAGACUCCAUUCACAAUGGUCCAACUCAAAAGAAAAAUUAGAGGAUGACUGACUGCUAACCUAACCUCCUUAUGAAACCAGUGAUGAAAAAGUACCUUGGUGCACCUCUCAACAAAACAGGAUGCUUUCUCUGAGUUCUUGUAUAUGCAAAUCAUUUAUGAGGCAAGUUUCCAACAGACCUAGAAAGCUAAACAUUGACAGUGUGUCGUUAGCCCUCCUCUCUAUCGGCCCCUGCAGCAACAGACAGAGCUCUGGGACCUUGACAGUGACUCAGAGGUCUGGGCUUCUCGAGUAAAGGGACAUUUCUUUGAGCACCAUCGAUCAAAUUUAUUUCAAUGUAUGAUGUUUUUACAACUGGUCAGUUCUUUUGUACUCUUACAGCUAUGGUUAUUUGAUGGUCCUCUUACAAUUUGUUCUACAUGAAAGAGUUCUUUGUUAGUCAGAAUGCAACAACUGUCAUCAAAUGGUCACUGACCACUUGCACUCUUUUGAUGUAGAUUAAAACUUUUUCAUAAACUUAACCUGCUUUGAUUUGCUCUGUAUUUUUCCUGCAGCUGUAAUUGCCCAGUGCCUGUUGUAUACUUUAUAGAGUUGAAAUAAAAAAGAAUAAUUACUUUUGAA